AUAAAGGAAUGGAACCUCCACAAGACCAAGAGCAGAUCCGAUUUGAAGUGGAAUUGGAGUUUGUUCAGUGCCUAGCCAACCCUCACUAUCUUAACUUUCUUGCCCAGAGAGGUUACUUCAAAGAUAAAAAGUUUGUUAACUAUCUUCAGUAUCUUCAAUAUUGGAAGGAGCCUAAGUAUGCCAAAUAUCUCAAAUUUCCACAAUGUCUUCAUUUCUUGGAGCUGUUGCAGUAUGAACACUUUAGGAGAGAAUUAGCCAAUGCACAGUGUGUCAAGUUUAUUGAGGAUCAGCAGCUUCUGCAUUGGCAACACUACACUCGGAGGCGUAUGAGACUACAACAGUCUCAUCUAGAGAACAUGCAGCAACAUCAACAACUCACCCAGCAACAGCAGCAACAAGGAGUCCCAGGAGCUGCCGGCGGAGUGGCAACAAGUGGGACUUCAAAUCAGCCAGCAGGGAUCAUGCAAGCGCCCUUGCCACCUCAGCAACAUCCUCAUCAGCAGCAACAACAGCAGCAACAUGCUUCACAACAUCAGCAGCAACAACAUCAACAAAUGGCUUCACAAAUGAGAACUGGUCAACAAGAACAAAAGCCAUUACAACAAGGAUCUACAACACAACAAACAAUGAAAUGAUAAUUAAGAAUACAAUCCCAUUUAUGCUUCUUCUGUGAUGGCUAAUACCUAGCCGCUGAAGUUAGCUUAUGGAAUUUCUUUGUAUGAGAAUAUCAGAAGAAGAUAUUUAAAGACGUUGUUGGAAGAAAGAUUGAACACCAAGUGGAGCUAAGUUGCAUUACUUCCUACAGUUCAACCAAAUUAUUGUAGCCACAUCGUCUAGUGGUUCAGACUUUUGACUUUCAAUCUAAGGGUUGCAAGUGUACACCCACUCCAGGAUGGUAAUUUCCUUCAAGAAAUUUGUCCACAUGACCCAGGUGAUGUACACAUUUGGAUGGUUCUGCUGGUAGAAUUUAUUCAUUGAAUGGACAAAUCAUAUUGAUGAUGAUUAAUUGAACUAAAGCUGGAGUAGUAAUAUCUUUAGUUAUAUUAAAGUGCAAACAUACUUUAGUUUAUUAUAGCUGAAGCAACCUCAGAGACCAAAAAAGCUACAAUUUUAGUUAAAUGUUGUAUUUUUCUACACAGUAAACUCAGUUUUCAACAAGAUAUUGCUAUAUUUCUGAUCCCUGCACUUAAUCUCUGUUAUAGAAAGUAAUAUCACCCAGUCCCCAAAUUGCUGAAUUGACAGCAUCCUAGCACUUGACAGGGUGCAUCUACAAUGAUCUGUUGUUUAAGCCUAUUUCAAGUUUUGGUAAAAAAAAAUUAUGGUAUUGAAUUGAAUAAUGACUCUUGUUUGUCCUUUAAAAAAAAAUAAAAAUCUUUGGCUACUCAGCUGAAUUAAAUCUUGAGGUUAAUCCAAGAAUUGUGAUGAUCAAAUUAAAUUAAUAAAAAUGUAUGAGUGAUACUUGAAAUUGGUUUUGAUUUAUAUAUUUUUAUUUCCCUUUUGUACAGACAAGUUAUGCAUCAAAACUAUCUUUUCUGAAAUAAAAACAGCAAUGAAUUUUAUGCACAUGAUAUUAUUGUGAUGAUUCCCAAUGUCAAAUGGAAUGUUAAUGUUAAGUUGAGCAUCACAACCCCCCUUCAUAUCCUCCCAAUUAUGCAUCCAGGGUUGAUGCUAAGGUAAUUUUGAUGGGGGAGGGAAAGAUGACCCAUAAAGGGUUUAUUAUAUUAAUUUUUAAUGAAGAUAACCCAUAUUGCAAACUAGACGAAGUGGUGUAGACCAAGCAUGCAUACAUCUAUCAUUUUCUCAUGGUUACUUUGUAUUAUUUCAGAGAGGUAUUCUCCCUGUCUCUAUAUUUUGUAAAUAAAUAUCAACUGAAAAUUUA